GACGAUUAAACCUGUUUUGGCCAAUCUGUACACCUGGUUCGCGGGGCUUCCGAUUUCAAGUACCUAAGUAGUUGGGUUUGGCGAUAUUCCGCGGUUCACAAUCUGUGUAGAAAAGGACUAAGUCCUUAACAGAUCGAAAUGGAGGCGGAUAAAGCAACGCCUUCUGAUAUCGAUUCAACUCCGGCACAUGUCUUGAAUGAUGUGGAGAAAAAUGCCAAUCUAGCAGCACAGGAUCCGGACGAGGCGCCAGAUCCAGAUGAAGAUGACCUCGAUGACCUGGACGACUUUCUGGACGAAUUUUCCAGUGUGAACCUAGACGCAAAGAAACCAGUCGCAGCAUCUGGACCAGGUAGACCUACAACAAAUUCAUCUGCACCUGCACCAGCUUCUGCCGCUCCUGCUGCAGCAUCGGCAGCCGCGGCGCUAGAAACAGACAACCCACUAGAGGAUCUUGAGGAUUUGUCGGAAGAAGAGUUUCAGAAACGACUUCAGGCUGGCAUGGCAGAAUUAAUGAGUGGUUUGAAUGACUCGCCGGACAUGCAAGCCCAGUUUGAGAACAUAUUCAAAGGACUUGGGGAAGGUACUGCGGAAGGUUCAGGUAAUGCACCAGAGUCGACGUCACAGCCAUCCAAGAAAGGCGCCGAGGAUUUGAGCCAAGACGCCUCAUUUCAAGAGACGAUUCGACGCACGAUGGAAAGGAUGCAAGAAUCUGGGGACCAAGCCACAGCUGCCGCUGCCGCUGAAGGCUCCGAGGAUGAUUUCAUUGCUGAGAUGUUAAAAGCGAUGAAGGACCUCCCUAGCGAGGGAGGCAACGAAGAGGACUUUUCCAAGAUGCUAAUGGGAAUGAUGGAGCAACUCACUAAUAAGGAGAUCCUUUAUGAACCGAUGAAGGAACUAAACGACAAGUUCCCGGCAUGGAUGGAGAAAAAUAAAGAAACCCUACCAAAAGAUGACCUGAAGCGCUACCAAGACCAGCAAGUCCUAGUUUCAGAGAUGGUUUCCAAAUUCGAGGAGUCAACAUAUGCCGACUCCAACGUAGCAGAUCGAGAAUACAUCGUGGAUCGAAUGCAAAAAAUGCAAGCAGCAGGCUCGCCGCCUCAUGACCUAGUUGGAGAUAUGCCUUCAGCUAAAGAAGUGCUUGACGCGCCUGAUGAGUCAUGCGCGCCACAGUGAUGAUAUACAAGGAGGAAGAUUAUCCCUUAUUUCCUCAUUUUUUAUACACCCGGAUUGUGUGAAGUCCCAAUCCCAAAAUUGCCAUGUA